AUGAUAUCUCUAAAUUUCCAGUCCGUCUCGGCUAGCCUUGGUGUCCUGUUCCCUGGCCCCGCUGCCUCCUGCCCAUCGUCAUUGAUCCCUCUUCAUCGCGCCUGCUCACAGAUUUGGCCUGCGGUCAUGCCGCACGGAAUGUCCUUCCCCUCUAGUUUGGUGCUCCACUUUCCCCUUGGUGCUAUAUUCCAUACCACCGAUACCACCGAUGAGGCCCCAGUGCUGAAAGGUGUCAAGGUUUUGGAUGCUUUCAAACUAUCCCAGGACAAUGUGAUUCUCAGACGUCCAUAUCAUGACCUCCUUAAGGCUCGAAACCGGAUACAGCACUUUUUCCAGGCUAUCGAUUCUAGACACCUGCAGCUACAUCCAUGGUUCCAGGACUGCAUGAUAUCUCUGCCCUCCUCCCCCGCCUCACAUGAUCUAACCUCGUUUCUACAUAUGGUCCAUAUCGAUAACAAAAGUCUAGCCCAAGUUACUACGGGCGCUUUUCGAAGGCAUAUGGCUCCUCCGGUGAAGACCACCAAUUUGACCCCUGCCUGCUGGAAGAGUUUCUGGCGUCAAACCAUCCCACACCACUGUCGGAACCUGUGUUCUGCCCCCGUAGAGGACCCCAUACACUUUUUCUUUUCCUGUCCGCCAAAAUCCCGUGUUUGCAAUAUCAUGUUGGCUCGCCAUGCACCAGAAUGGAAUCUGCAGGCGGCUAACGACAUCCUUUUUCUGGGUAAAUUGCCGAAGCGCUCCGAUACGUCUGCCCUGCUUGUGGUACUUGUCGCCGUCACGGCACACGCAAUUUGGCGUGCUCAUUGGAACUUCAUCUUCGACGAAUCUCCCUUCUUGGCUGGCGUGGUUGCGGAAAAAGCGUCGAGUGCAGUGGCCCGUAAUUUGGCAAUGAGGACACCACACGUCGCAUAA